UCUGCUCAUCACCUGCAGGUCACCUCUCCUCCACCUCUCCUCCAUCUCUCAUCAUGUAUGCCGCUUUCACCCGCCGGAGCAGUCGCUCCAGCUCCAGCAGCACCUCCAGAGUCAGCGUGAGCGGCGCUUCAUUCCGGAGGCGCGCGCCCAGCGUGUACGGGGGCGCGGGAGGGUUCGGGACCCGCAUCUCGGAGCCAGUCUUCACCUCCGGGUCGCUGACCCAGUACAGCGAGUCUGUGAGCAGCAACGAGAAGUGGACCAUGCAGAACCUCAACGACCGCUUGGCCAACUACCUGGAGACGGUGCGUACGCUGGAGGCCUCCAACAGGAAGUUGGAGCUGCAGAUCGGAGAGUUCAAGAACAAGAGAGCUGUUUCUGUCUCCCAAGACUUCACCGGCUACUUCGCUGCCAUCACUAAACUCAGAGCUGAGAUCAUGCAGCGGCAUUCAGAGAAUCAACGUUUGAUCCUGCAGGUUGACAAUGCUCAACUGGCUAUAGAUGACUUCAGAAUGAAGUAUGAGAUAGAGCUGAACAUGUGUGUGAUGGUGGCGGCCGACGUGUUGCGUAUCCGAGGAAUCAGGGACGGACUGACUCUUAAUAUCAGUGACCUGGAGAUACAGAUAGAAGGUCUGAAAGAGGAGCUGGUGAUCACUCAGAACAACCAACAGGAGGAUCUGCGUCAGCUGAGGAUCCAGCAUACUGGCACCGUUAAUGUAGGGAUUAACUGCCCAGAGCCUGUGGACCUGUGCAAGGUCCUGCAGGAGAUGAGGGAGCAGUAUGAAGCUGUGGUGGUGAAGAGCAAGAAGGAGCUUGAGAAAUGGUUCCUAUCUAAGGUCGAUAGUCUCCAGAUGCAAAUUGUGACAUGUUCCCAAGAGGUGAAGACAUUUGAGACGGAGCUGUCAGAGAUAAAGAGGACCAAACAGAGUUUGGAGAUAAGUCGUCAGAGCAGCUUCACAGAGAUUCAGUUCCUCGAGCAGAAUAUGGUAGAAGCGAAGAGUCGAUACAGUGUUCAGCUCAGCCAGCUGCAGCUGACCAUCAACACGCUGGAGACUGAGCUGCAGCAGCUGAGAGUCUCCGUGGAGCAGCAGCAAGCUGACUACAAACUGCUGCUGGACAUCAAGAUGAGGCUGGAGAUGGAGAUCGCUGAGUACAGGAGGCUGCUGGAUGGACAGCUGUCUGUGGUCGUCACCGAGAUUGUGGAAAAGGAAGUGGAAGAGUACAAACCCCACAUUGAGAGGAGAGUGAAGACCAUCGUGCAAGAGGUUGUUGAUGGAAAGGUGGUGUCCUCCACCGUUGACACCCAAGUGGAGGAAAUUCACCAACUUACUUCUGGUGCCACUAAACAUUUGAUUUGAUUCUUACUAAAUAAAUGAUUCACUAGAGUCAGCGGUUAACGUGUAACUUCAAGUUAUAAGAUACAUAGAUUGUUUUUAAGGGGGGUUACCUAUAUUUCAUUUUCUUCUUUCUUCUUCUUCUAUAGCAAUGUUGCAGCAAGUGAUGAUGCUUGGCCAUUCCCAUUUUUACAGAUGCUUACUCUGUUGAGAGACGUAAAUACGAUUUAAAAGGCCCGAAAGCAAAGAUUAAGAUGCGUUUUUCUUGAUCACAAACAUGUAUUUAAAUCCAGAGAGGUUGAUUGUAGUUUGAAAAUGGGAAUGGCCAAAUAACAAAUACUUGUAAAAGGGUUACAAGAUUCAAGCACGUUUCAGACCAUGUAAAGAAAAUAACAAAACAAUCCAUAAUGUUUUUGUUGUGUGUCUCCUGUAGUUUCUCUGCGCAGACAACCUGCCGAAAAUCCUGACCAAAAUAAAGCCAAAUCAGGCAUUGAUUCUUA